GUUUUGUAGAGAUGCCCCAAUGAUCAGUGAUCAGUGAUUCAGCCGUCCACUAAAUUCGCCCAAAUGCGCCCUUUGAAGUAUAACCAAAAAACUACAUCGAAUAAUUUACUUUCUAUAGAGAAAUAUUCUAAUCAUUAAAGCUACGUUUAUUGGAACAAAAUGAAGCCCAGAAGAGACGAAUAUCGUGGACGACCACCUAUCAGCAAAGAAAAACUAGCGAAACAUAGCAAAGGUGAAGGAAUUGAUUUAAAAGGAAAGACAUCAACGAUAAAAAAUAAAGUGCUGAAAAAGAAGUUAAAGACGAAGGAGAAGGUUAUACAAAGAACGAUACAAGACACUGCUCGCGCAGAAUUACUUCUGACAGAAGAUUAUGGUUGUUUGGAAGCUGAUCCAGGAGAAGUAACUACUCGUUUUAAGCAAAAACAAAUUGCAGACAAUGUAGACAUAACCAGUGCAGCUAAACACUUUACAUUGAAUUUAGAAUUUGGCCCAUACUGUAUUAAGUAUACCAGAAAUGGUAGGCAUUUAGUUCUGGGUGGAAGGAAAGGCCAUGUAGCUGCUAUUGAUUGGGUUACAAAAAAAUUAGCUUGUGAAAUAAAUGUAAUGGAAUCUGUGCACGACUUGGCAUGGUUGCACGUAGAAACAAUGUUUGCAGUUGCCCAGAAAGAUUGGGUGUACAUAUAUGACAAUCAAGGAAUUGAAAUUCAUUGUUUAAAACAAAUGAAUAAAAUCAAUAAGUUAGAGUUCUUACCUUAUCAUUUUUUACUUGCCGGCGCAUCAAGAGAUGGUUAUUUAUCUUGGCUUGAUGCUUCUAUUGGCAAAUUUAUAUGUUCUUACAAUUCUAAAGUAGGAAAUAUAGCGGUAAUGACACAAAAUCCAAGUAAUGCUGUACUAUGCGUGGGUAGUUCGAAAGGAGUAGUCUCUAUGUGGUCUCCAAAUAGCAGAGAUCCACUAGCAAAAAUGUUAUGCCACACGCAAGCGAUUACUGCUUGUGCGGUUCAUCCAUAUGGAACUUAUAUGGCAACUAGUUGUCCAGCUAGGUUUGUAAAGGUAUGGGAUAUCAGACAAUUAGCAGGACCAGUGCAUAAUUAUCAGACACUUUCUCCUGUUCAACAUUUGUCUUACAGUCAAUGCGGUCAGCUUGCAAUGGCAAUGGGGAAUGUAGUAGAGGUUUAUCGAUCCUCCACAGAUGAAAUGAAAUCAUAUCUACGACAUAAAGCUGAUUGGACUGUAACAAGUAUGCAAUUUUGUCCAUACGAGGAUGUCUUGGGUAUUGGUACAACAAGAGGAGUUUCCUCUCUUUUAGUACCUGGAAGCGGAGAAGCUAACUUCGAUGCGCUCGAGAGCAAUCCGUUCCAGACUAAGAGCCAGAGGCGUGAGCAUGAAGUGAAGGCUUUGCUAGAUAAGAUUCAACCAGAAUUAAUUACUUUAGACCCAAUUGCUAUAACAGAAGUAGAUGUACCUACCUUGAAAGAUAAAAUAGAGGCGAAGAAAAAACUUGUAUACCUUAAACCAAAGAAUAUAGACUUUAAACCACGCAGAACGAAGGCGAAAGGAAAGGGAGGAACAGCGAAAGUAAUAAAAACUAAGAGGAUUCUUAAAGACUUAAGUCGAAGGGAAACUGUUGACAUUUUACGCGGAGCAGAUGUGCAACCGGAUACGAAGAAAAAGAAUGUACCGCAAAAAGAUUACGGGGUAUUAAACAGAUUUGUAUCAAAAUCUAGUCAAAGUACGUCCAGGUAACACAAUAUCGUGUUGUAUAUUAAGAACGGAUGGAAUUUAAUUUUGUAUUUUUUUCUUAAUUAAGAUACAUUUUUU